CCUAGGGCUGUGUUCCACUUCACUUUUAACAUCCACUCGCUAACUCCCCUAAGCACUUUCCGUCGAGGGAAUCCCUGCCGCCAUUUUGGAAGUCCGUUCCACUUCGUUAAGUGAGCGAGGGAAGUUUCUGUUGACAGACCCUCAACCCCUCGAUUCUGACCGAGGGAACAAGCCUACUCUGUUGUACGCUUCAGGCAGCUCUAUAUUCCACAAUGCAACUCGAUUGUGACGUGACCGCAGCGAUCAAUGGUUAAGGGUGUUCCAGUUAAACCCAUUGCACAUCUUCCGCCAGUAGUGGACAUUCACGCAACGUAAGCAGUGACGUACACCCAAGUCCAUGAGACGGAGUGAAGUUUGCGAGGGAAGGGAAUAAAAAGUUGAAAUGGAAUGCAGCCCAGGACACUUCCAGUUAGGGAGUUGGAGAGAGAGUGAACACCAGUCUCAGUGCCAGCUGGCUGAAAGUUUCCUGGGACUCUCUUUCUGGCGAACUGGAUCAAUGAUGGAAUUGCAAACAUUACAGGAGGCCCUGAAAGUGGAAAUACAAGUCCAUCAGAAACUUGUCGCCCAAAUGAAGCAGGACCCACAGAACGCAGAUCUGAAGAAGCAACUUCACGAGCUCCAGGCGAAAAUCACGGCUCUGAGUGAGAAACAGAAAAAAGUGGUUGAGCAGUUGCGGAAAGAGUUGCUGGUUAAACAGGAGCCUGAACUGAAAAUGCAGACGUUCCCGGCAGUCGCAGAUAGUAAAUCCGUGCUGCUCACACCCGCCUGCCCCCCCCCACAGCCGCCCACAGGGCCUCCACACAACCAGGGGGUGCCACAGAAGACUCUCACCGUAACGCCGGUCAUCACUGCAAAGACUCUACCUCUUGUGCUCAAAGCUGCCACCUCCACCAUGCCUGCUUCCAUAGCAACGCAACGCCCCACCGUCGCCAUGGUCACUGCCAUCAACAACCCCCCUAGACCUUGCGCCAAUUCCGACUCCCAGAGCACACCAAUCAACCUUCAUGUGGCCAGCAAACUACCCAAUCAAGACACAGAAGCAACCAAGCGGAUGGCGUCCAAGAAUGUCAUUGUCGUGCAGGCCACCACCACCUCUGUCCAGCCUAUCAAAGUUCCCCAGUUUGUCCCUCCUCCUAGAUUGACGCCUCGACCCACCUUUCAGCCACAGGUUCGGCCGAAACCCUCCAUGCCCAACAAAGUGCCCAUUGCUCCUGCUCCUCCUCCCCCCAUGGUGGCGGCUCCCCUUAUCCAGCGGCCCCUGAUGCUCACCACCAAACUGACGUCAUCUCUGCCUGCCUCGGCCAGGCCCAUCCACCAGGUGCGCAUUGUAAAUGGACAGCAGUGCACCAUUGACAAGACCACUGCCGCAGUCACAGGCAGCACCACGCAAGUCACAGGCAUCGUCAUCAGCCCUGCCCAGAUGAUUCAGAACAGCAACCUUAACUUGGACACAAAGACUGUGAAACCACAGGGAGGAUUAGAACAGGUGGUCACAAGUACACCACCCUCAUCCUCUCCACCUCUUCCUCCUCCUACUACUAAGGUCAAACAAGAAGAAAGCCCACAGAAAAUUGCCUUUAUGGUCUCUCUUGGGUUGGUCACACAUGACCAUCUUGAAGAGAUUCAGAGCAGAAGACAAGAGCGCAAAAGAAGAACAACAGCCAACCCAGUGUACAGCGGAGCAGUGUUUGAACCUGAGAGGAAAAAGAGUGCCGUCACCUAUUUGAACACACCACUGCAUCAAGGGACCAGGAAGAGAGGUCGCCCUCCCAAAUACAGCACCACCACAACCAGCAGCAGCACGGCGGUGCCGGAGCUGGGCUGCAACCCCCUGCUCUCCCCCACCAGCAGCCUUCCCGCCUCCCCAGCCCCUGAGCGGCCUGACACAGGGGGCUUUCCCCUCUCUGUCCACCCUCAUUCUGUCCCCCAGCCCAGCCCCAGCUCCGGGGAUGGAGACAUCCAUGAGGAUUUCUGCACUGUGUGCAGACGCAGUGGACAGUUGCUCAUGUGUGACACAUGUUCGCGUGUCUACCAUCUCGACUGCUUGGAGCCGCCCCUCAAAAACAUUCCCAAAGGCAUGUGGAUCUGUCCUAAAUGUCAAGACCAGAUUCUGAAGAAGGAAGAGGCAAUUCCAUGGCCAGGAACCCUAGCAAUUGUUCAUUCCUACAUUGCUUACAAAGAAGCGAAAGAAGAAGAAAAGCUGAAGUUAAUGAAAUGGAGCGCUGAGCUUAAGCUGGAACGUGAGCAACUGGAACAGAGAGUGAAACAGCUCAGCAACUCUAUAACGAAAUGCAUGGAGACAAAGAACAGCAUACUUGCCCGUCAGAAGGAGAUGCAGGUCUCUCUGGAGAAGGUGAAACAUCUUGUCCGUCUCAUACAGAGCUUUAACUUAGCUCAACCCAUGGAUAUGGACAUUCCACAGGAUUCCAAACCAGACUGCGCAGAGUCAGGGAACCACAAAGACUCUAAGGAAGCUAGUCAGUUCUGUUUACAAGAGAUCCCUGUCGAGCCUAGCGUGCAAGUACCAGCAGCCGUAGCAGUCCCAGAAGUGGGCGAAAUGGCAGAACCUGCAGCUGCAGUCACACCUGAGGCUGUGUCGUGCGAAUUGGGGGUCAUGGAAAUGCCUGAAGCCACGGUUAGUGAAGAGAUGAUGGGUGCGGCGAAAGCAGCAGAGCCUGCAGAAUUGCCCCAGGUCAGGGAUGUAAAGGCCAACGGAGGGACAGGCUGUGUUUGUACCGGCUUGAACCCGGAAGUAGACAAGGGUGUGGUUGAUACCGCAGACUCUCCGGACUCCGAGAAUAUCCCUCCUGAUGACAGACAAUGCACAGAGGAAACUGGGAAGAUGGCGGUGGAACGGCAGGACGACGGAAGUCACAGCGUCAACAACAACGGCAAAACCUCAGAACCUUCUCAGCAAGCUUUGCCAGCCCCUCUUAGUCACCUGGACAACCCGAAAUAGUUCUCGGCCUCGUCCUAAUUACACUUACAUCACCAAAACAUUUAAAACAGAUUUCCUUUUGCACCUUGGACUGGUGCAUAAAGUUGCCAAUGUAUAAGUAAUAUAUAUAUAUAUAUAUAUAUUACACACACACACACACACACACACACACAUAUAUACACAGUUGAAGUCAGAAGUUUACAUACACCUUAGCCAAAUACAUUUAAACUGUUUUUCACAAUUCCUGACAUUUAAUCGUAGAAAACAUCCCCUGUCUUAGGUCAGUUAGGAUCACUACUUUAUUUAAAGAAUGUGAAAUGUCAGAAUAAUAGUAGAGAGAAUGAUUUAUUUCAACUUUUAUUUCUUUCAUCACAUUCCCAGUGUGUCAGAACUUUACAUACACUUUGUUAGUAUUUUGUAGCAUUGCCUUUAAAUUGUUUAACUUGGGUCAAAUAUUUUGUGUAGCCUUCCACAAGUUGAUGGAAUUUUGGCCCAUUUCCUCCAGACAGAAUUGGUGUAGGCCUUCUUGCUCGCACACACUUUUUCAGUUCUGCCCACGAAUUUUCUAUCAGACUGAGAUCAGGGCUUUGUGAUGGCCACUUCAAUACCUUGACUUUGUUGUCCUUCAGCCAUUUUGAGGCCAAGCUGCUUAAAGGCGCAGUUAACUUAGUGUAUGUAAACUUCUGACCCACUGAAAUUGUGAUAUAGUCAAUUAAAAGUGAAACAAUCUGUCUGUAAACAAUUGUUGGAAAAAUUUCUCAUUAUGCACAAAGUAGAUGUCCUAAACGACUUGCCAAAACUAUAGUUAGCUAAUAUGAAAUCUGUGGAGUGUUUAAAAAAUUAGUUCAACCUAAGUAUAUGUAAACUUCUGACUUCAACUAUAUAUGUAUAUAUAUAUAUAUAUAUAUAUAUACAUACAUACACACACACACACACACACACACACACUACCGUUCAAAAGUUUAGAGUCACUUACUCAUUCUGUACUAUUAUUCUAAAAUGUGAAAAAAAUAAAGUCAUCACAACUAUGGAAUAAUAGAAAUGGAAAUAUGGGAAUUAUGUUGUGACUAAAAAAAUCCAAAAUAAAUCAAAACUAUGUUAUAUUUUAGCAUCUUCAAAGUGACAGAAAUUGCAGACAUGUACUCUUGACAUUUUCUCAACCAACUUCUUGAGGUAUCACCCUGGGAUGCUUUUUAAACAGUAUUGAAGGAGUUCCCAUCUAUGUUGGGCACUUAGUGGCUGCUUUUUUUUUUUAUUAUUCGGCCAAGUCAUCCAUUUCAGAAACUUUUUUUUUUAUAUAUAUAUAUAUAUAUAAAAUUUUAGUUUUGUAAUAUGUUGGCACAAUUAUAUUUUGUCUACAAAACUAAUUUCAAACAUUUAAGCAUACACCUUCAGAUCAAAAGGUUUUUAAGAUCAUGAGAAACAUUUCAGGCAAGUGACCCCAAACCUUUGAACGGUAGUGUAUGUAUAUGUGUGUGUGUGUGUGUGUGUGUGUGUGUGUGUGUGUAUAUAUAAUAUAUAUAUAUAUAUAAAAUUAACUAUAUCCAAAUGUUGUUUUUUAUUUUAUUUUAUUUUUGAUACAUAUGGUAAAACGGUGUCAACAGUACAUCUACAUCCAAGACAAACUAGUCUUGGUGCUUGGAGACCAAUCGACCCAAACGUCUGGGUGAAAAAGGGUGACUUACGAAAGAGUGUCAUGCCAAUUAUUAGAUGAUUAAAAAUAUAAUAGUAGUUUAACUAAUAAUAAUAAUAAUAAUGAUGGUGAUAAAGAAGAUGAUGGAUGAUUUAUCACAUCAGACCAGUGUGUGCCUCCAGCAUGGGGUUUGUUCCAUAGGUUGUCUUAGUUGUCUUCUCUCCGGGCUGAGAAAGGAAGGGCGGACAUGUCCAAAGACUGCAUGACUUUGCCCACACCCUGUGCACCUCCAGCCAGGCAUGAGUGGACCGGCAAAACCAAAAGCUUCUCUUUCCAAGCAAAACAAACAAAUCAAAGUGUCAGUAUUCGCCAGUGACAAAGGCAGAGGCUUAGAAUCCUGUUGCUCGUGUAAUAGUUAGACAAAAUCAGGUCUCGGCCAGGAUCGCCUAUAGCAACCCCUCUUAGUUCUUUUCUCCAGUCAGCAUCCUCUUGCAUUUUGCAGUAAGAAGUAGGAAGUGUCCAGUCUAAGGACCCGUUUCCAAGUCAUCUCAGGCUAAACAGUGGUAGAACGCAAGGCUAAGCCUCACAAGGUCUUUGAUAAAGGACUGGAAGAGAAAGCUACACCAGAAGCUGCAUUAAAUCUGCAAUCGUUGGUUCUGUGUAUUGAAUGAGUCUCGUUCUUAAGUCAGUCUGUCUGCUAUGGAUGCUAUUUGUCAUUUUUUUAUGAGAAAGAUUAAGGAAAAAAAUGACAACCCUGUCUAUAUCUAAGUAUUUCUUGUUUUUAUAGGAAAAUAUAUUCAGGUCUUCCUAGUCUUCAUUGAAAAAAUAAGUUAUUUUCUGUUUGAUGAAACAGUAAUUUGUUAACAAAGGUGUUUAAUGGCAUAAAUUAUGCAAGCAGCUUUCUCAGUCUUGCGGAGAUGCCCAUUGCAUAAAGAGUGUCUGUUUUUUUUUUUUUUUGUGGUUUUUUUCUGAACUGCCAAAUGCUUUCUUUUUUGUAUUAUCCUAAAUAAUGGAUAUAUCCUCCUAACUGUGUGUUUAGUCUAGAAUAGAAUGAAAAUGUCACAUCCCCAUUUUCCCAAAAUCCUAUUUUUUUUUCUCUCUUGGAAAAACAAUAAUGACAGUGUGUCACAAUUUGCUGUCUUAAACUCUAGGGUUUGAUGUAUGAGCCAAAUUGAGUAAUAAGGAAAUGACAGAAAACCCUUCAAUUAAAGCACAAGCUUUAUUGCAGAUAACUUAAGCAAACGCACUAAUAACCUCUGAAGAGACUUACUGUUCGGUGGAGCAAGAUUUUCAUUGGGGCUUGGUAACAUAACCUAGUAGUUGAAACAAAGGCCAAUUGCUAACGUUCCUAACGUCUCUAUUGCAGGUAAUGUCCCAUCUUAAUAGCAAUGCACGACUGGCAUCUCUGUGUUAAUCAGGCCAUCCAGAAUACCAUAUCCGUUUUACCUUUAUGGUGACAGCCACUCAGGCUAGGAUUGAACUAUUUACGCAUAUCAAAUUCCUCGUAUUCAUUUAGGAAAUCCUAAAAAUAUACUAUAUAUUUACUGUUGAUUCCAAACGGACGAUGCACAGAUAAGUCUGACUGUUUAACCAUGAGAUAUAACCUACCAAAAUAUGGAAUCUUUACAUUGUGGGAUGACAUUUAGUGUUUUGUUUUUCUUUAAUGAUGGAUUUGUCUUAAGUCAGGAUUUCAUGGAUUUGUGGUGGAGGUUAUAUCCAAAAUGUGCUGCAAUUUCUCACAAUCUACUGUGAAAAUUCACAUUCUCAUCCUUGAUACAUUCCCAUAAUACUCUAUUACCCUUUGAGCCAGGAUUGGGUAAUGAUGAAUAAACAUUCAUAUCAUGGCAACCAUUAUGGUGGCAUAACAUACAGACAUGAAUAUUGAAGGCCUUCAAGAAGUCCCUAUUGUCAGUCUAUUAAGAAUUUCUUAACAAAACUACUUUACUCCUUCCUGUACAGGUGCCCAGAGUGCCUUCAACCUUUUAUGUACUUAAACCAAUCACUCAGCUUUUACCUUCAUGUCUUUCCCUAAAAGUAUUGAAAGAAACUGGAUGUAUAUCACGUCACUCAUUUCAACUCAAUUAGAAGCACAUUUGCAGGUUGUAAUUUCAUUGGUUAAAGUGAACUGGUUGUAGUGACGUGCUUGUGUUGGUCUGGUCUUGUCUUUUUAAACCUAGUUAUCUUCUGUGAAGUUCCCUUCUAAAGAACCCCUCUAGAUUAUAUUUGGUAAAGGAGUUGCCUUGAGAGUUUUUAAUGCUCUGAACAAAAGUUUAUCUUAGUGAUUGCACAAAAUUGGUCUGUGAAAAGAGAUGUUCCCUAAUACGUGUUUAAAUUGAUUUACUGGUUAAUCUGAGCACUCUGGUGCCACCAAAAUAUUAAGUGUGUGAAACUUGUGAAAACAAAAUACAUUUUUUAAUUGACAGUCAGUGGGGUUUAUCUGCGGAAAAAUCUUUAGUAAAUUAUGGUUUCCUGUUUUUAUGCACUUUUUAUAGCAAUGUCCUAAGUAUUACUCUGUUCCCCCCCUUAAGUGUCUGCUUGUUUUCAAAUUCUCUAUUAGUGUAAAGUUCAGGAGAUGUAUUUUUUUUUUUUUUUCUCUCCAUGAGUAUCACAAACCAGGACUGUUCUGGCUAAUGACUAUGAAAUGUCACAAUGCCCUGCUCUUAAAACUACAAACAUUUCUUUCACUGGUUCAUCUCUCCUUCAGUCACUGAGUUAGAAUACUGGACUCGUACCUGAAUCAGGUAUUUAGAUUUCAGCCUCGGCCCCCAGAGAACACCACCUGUCCAAUCAGUUCAACAAAAAGCAUGCCUUCUUAUGCAAACUUUUUACAUAAGUUUUGUCAGACUUUUUAAUAUGCAUUUCGUUUGGAGUUUAUUUUGUAAAGAUGUUUAUGUGAACUUUUGUGUCACUUUCCUUUUCUCAUGUCUGGCAAAGAUGAUGCCAAAAUGAAACAGUAUACAUAUGUACAUCUCUUUUUCUUGGUUUAAAUUAUGAACAAUGUACACUUUUACAAUGGCAUCUGUAGAAUAUAGUUUACUCGUGUACAGUUAGAAAUGGAAAUGAAUUACUGGCCAUAAUCCUGGGCUCUUGUGUGACAUUUGCGCUGAAAUUAUUAUUAUUUUUUUAAAUAAGUGGAGUUUCAGCUGUUUAUGAAUCUCAUGGACCGUUACUUGUCAUUCAAGUCUGCCUUUGCUAGCACACCAUGCUGAAUGUUAUUGUUAUCUUGGGGCGCUGGGUGGGAAUGGGGGGUACCAGUGGUUUUGGAAAAAACAUUUAUGGUCUUACAUGGCUAAUCUUGCAGAUUGCAUGUAAUCUAUUGUUAGUGGGGCCUAUAGAAGGAAGAGUCGGGACUUCUGAAAGCCACACAUUCAAAGCAUUCAAGUUCUUAAGUCAGUAUACCCAAAGAGAUUGCAAACAUGCAUUUUGCUAUUUGGAAGCCUUUUUAUAUGCAUUCGAGGAACAUAUCAUUCAGAAAUUCUCCGUCACUGUUGAUUUCUGCUCUAGCUUAUAGUGGGAAAUGCUUUCCGCCAAGUUGUGUCUGACAGUCUGUAUGGCUUUGCAAUAUUUUGGUUUUAGAACUUUUGAAAAAGGCAAAAGGUGUCGGUGUACAUUUUAUGCAUAAAACUGACCCAUUCCAUUUGUUCAUCCAGGCACCUUGAUCCUAAUAGUGUGUAGAUCAUCCAUAUUCUUUAUAGUGCAUCAUAAUUCAACAGUGACAAGAAGUCAUUGUAGUUUCUGUUCACUUUUCAGACUAUUUACUCAGUCAAGAUUGUGGCCUUCUUGUACUGUUGAUGCAUUUCAUUACUCGUCGUGACUUCCCUGGUUUUGUGCACUGAGUGUGUACGUAUGUGUUUGAGCAGGAGUGUGUGUGUGUGUGUUACCUCAUCUACAGUCAAACAUUUUUGUUUGCGUGUGCAAAAAAGGAAACAAAAAAUGUAAAAAAAAAAAGAAAAUAAAAGAAAAAAUCUUCCACUUGAUGAAACACAAAACAGGAUACAUUGUAGCGACAUGAGUUAUUAAAAAAAGUU